AUAGAAACACGAAAGAAACAUUUUCAUGUUCUUUCUAUUGUACGGAUUUAUAAGAAUCAACGACCCUUGCCAGUGACAAUGUAAUCUGAGCUUUCUUCGACGUUUGAUUUCUUGAGACGCUGUCGUGGGAACAGUUCGAGGAAAUCACCACCGCCAAGGCAUCGUCUAACGUCUGUCCGGUGUUUUCGUCUCCCCUUCGGCUCCCAUGUUUUAGAUUAUUUUUUUCCUUUUCUCCACCAGGGACUUCUUACUCUGGUGAUGCUGGUGACUUCGGACGUCGGCUUGCUCAUUAACUACUCGACGUUCGCGGCGACGCUGACGCAGUUCGCCUGCAUCUGCGCCCUCUUCUGGUUCCGGUACAAGCAGCCCGAGAGGACGAGGCCGUUCAAGGUGUGGCUCGCCCUCCCCGUCGUGUUCGGGCUGGCGUCGCUCUUCCUCCUGGUGAUGCCCAUCGUGGAGAGGCCCGUCGAGGUCGGGGCGUCCAUCGGCGUCAUCUGCACGGGGCUGCCGGUGUACUACGUGGCCGUGCACCGACAGGACAUCGCGAGGAAGUUCGAAGGAGCUCUAGCAAAACUGACGUACGUAUGUCAGCUCCUGUUCUUGGGACUCGCAGAGGAGAAGGAAGAAUAAACAUACGGUAGUGCUGUGGCGUCCGCCGCCUAUAAACAUACAUGUGUGUAUUUACACACACACACACACACACACACACACACA